UCAAUCACAAAUGACAUAUUCCCCAUUUUACUCUUUCCCAUUUCCAGUAAAAAUAAUUAGCAGAACUGCUAGAGUGCUAGAGGCUGGUGUGAGGAACCCUAUCUCUACUCUCUACUCUCUAGGCACUCAAAUCACUAAUAAAUAAUUGAAUAUUAAUUCACCACUAUAAUUAUUACACUUUAAAAAAAAUAUGUGGAGCAGUGAUUGGAGCAGUAGGUGUGCCACUACCCGUACUACCGGCACCAAUUGUCAUAUAAAUAUUACACAAUCCUCAGCACUGCGACGACUACAAGUGCCGAGGAAACCACACACCGUCCGCCUUUAUAACAACCGCCGCCGCAGUAUUGCAGUCAGGAUGGCGAUGGCGGAGGCGGAGGCGAAGGAGGAUACAACAAUGGCAGGAAGUGGUGGUAAGUCGAGGGAAGAGCUAAACAAAGGUAUUGCAGAACUGUAUGAUGAAUCUUCAGGAAUCUGGGAAGAUAUUUGGGGUGACCAUAUGCACCAUGGUUAUUAUGAUCCUUCUCAGAAUGCUUCGCUUUCGCAGCACCGUUCUGCUCAGAUCCGAAUGAUCGAGGAGGCGCUUCGAUUUGCUGCUGUUACAGAUGAUUCAAGCAAAAUACCUAAAUCCAUAGUUGACGUUGGGUGUGGAAUCGGAGGCAGCUCCAGAUACCUAGCCAAGAAGUAUGGGGCUACAACUCAAGGAAUCACCUUGAGUCCUAAACAAGCUCAAAGAGCUCAAGCUCUAGCAGCUUCUGAGGGUUUAGCUGAUAAGGCAUUCUUUCAAGUAGCAGAUGCUUUGGAUCAGCCAUUUGAAGAUGGUCAGUUUAAUUUGGUUUGGUCAAUGGAGAGUGGUGAACAUAUGCCUGAUAAAAAGAAGUUCGUCUCUGAAUUAGUUCGAGUUGCUGCCCCUGGUGCAACAAUAAUAAUCGUGACAUGGUGUCAUAGAGACCUCUCUGCCUCUGAAGAGUCUUUGCGGCCUGAUGAAAAUGAACUCUUGAAGAAAAUAUGUGAUGCAUACUAUCUUCCCGCGUGGUGCUCUGCAGCUGAUUACGUAGAGAUUCUUCAAUCUCUGUCUCUCCAGGAUAUAAAGGCUGAAGAUUGGUCUCAGUAUGUAGCACCAUUUUGGCCAGCAGUUAUACGUUCAGCAUUGACAUGGAAGGGCAUAACUUCGCUGCUGCGCAGUGGAUGGAAAACAAUAAAAGGAGCAUUGGCAAUGCCGUUGAUGAUUGAAGGAUAUAAGAAAGAUCUUAUCAAAUUUGCGAUUAUUACAUGUCGAAAGCCAGAGUAAUUUCAUCUGCCAUUUACAGAUGAGUGUUUCGCUGUUGUUGUAUGAAGCUCAACCCUUCAACAGCCAUCUAUUAAAACAGUGUCCUAAAUUAAUUCUUCGAUUUUUGGUUAUUUUCAUUGUAUUGGAUAGUGUGAUGUUCCAUCCAAAACCGCGGAUGUAGAACAUAGAGAAGCAUUGUUCUUUCUAUUCUCUCCAUCCUUUGAAAUAAAACUGAUGGACUGGAUAUGAUUCUAUAAUACCAUACUUUCUUCAUUGGUGCA